AUGGAUGACCAUCUUAUUCUCGAAGAUGGCGGUGAUCUUCCACCUCCAUAUUCUCCAAGUGCAAAUCCCACCAACACCAUCUCAGCCCAAUACUCGGAUCGACGAGCUUCAUCAUCCAUAUUCUCUCCCCAUAUAGCCGACCUUCGAAAUGAAAUUACCGCCUCGCAGGCUGCCCGAGCGACAGCCAGAGAUGACCGCGAUAGCUACGUGCUGUCGCUCAUUGUCCCCUACGUGGAACACUUCCUAUCGUCCAUUUCAUUGAUCCAUCCAACGCCGAGGCUUGUGGAAGCGACGUUUGUGCCCGACGCUGCGAUCAGCAAGGACUGGAAGCUUAGCGACGACGACGAGAGGCGAGCGGGCGAAUUUAGCAAGUUGAUUCGUGUUAGCGAUACUCCGAAAAAGGAUGGAGGUAGCAUGAAGAAACAAGCAGAUGGCUAUCUUCCAUCGUCGGAAUCGGCGAGGGGUGGCGAUGACGAGACUAGUACGUCGCUUUGGUGGGAAAACGAAAGUAUGGCACAGCGCCUUGCCAAGCAUCUACAACCUAAACGCCCCGCCGCACCUAAAAAUGCACAGAUCGCUAGAGAUCGGAAUGCUUGUCAGGCAAACAGCAACAAGAAAUCUGGUCUCUGGGGUCUUUUUAAGAAAUCCGAGGAACCUGCCCGGCCCGCAGCCCGCGUGGCCGAGGAUCCCAGAGACGCCGUGGUAAUGACUGCCAGGGCUGAAGAAGUUACAUUUCGGAAAGAAAAUGAGCUUGGAUUAUGGGAAACUUUGACAGGAUUCGGAAUUGUAGUGACAUCCCUAGACUCAAAUUCUGUCCUUUCUUGUCAAUCGUUAGAUAAUACAAAGAACAAGCACGACAAUAUGCAACUCUCUACAGAUAUUCAGUAUGAUGUGCUCGUCACAGGCUCAUCUGGCCAUUUGGGCCACGCCCUCAUGAUAACUCUGCCAUCGCUGGGCUUCACUCCAAUUGGAAUCGAUAUUCUUGCUUCUCCAACAACUACUUGCGUCGGCUCAAUUACAGACCAGUCGCUCAUCGCCAGCAUCUUCCAAAAACACCCUAUCAAGCACGUCCUCCAUACUGCAACGCUCCACAAACCUCAUGUUGGAUCCCAUACCAAAAACGACUUUGUCCAGACAAACAUUGCAGGAACUCUAGUUCUUCUCGAAGAAGCAGCCAAACUCGGCGAUCAAAUAAAAAGCUUCCUCUUCUUCAGCACCACCAGCGCUUUUGGCUCCGCACUUAGCCCCAAGCCUGGUUCACCUGCAGCUUGGAUCGACGAGACAGUCGUUCCCAUCCCCAAGAACAUAUACGGGGUGACCAAAAUCGCAGCCGAAGAUGUCUGCCAUCUCUUUUACAAGCAGCAUAACCUUCCGAUACUCGUUCUUCGUGUGAGCCGCUUCUUCCCUGAACAAGACGACGAUGACGACCGUCGCAACGCAAUGAGCGACGAGAAUCUCAAGGUCUUGGAGAUGGCGUAUCGUCGUUGCGACAUCAAGGACAUUGUUUCAGCAACGGUGUGCGCGAUGAACAAGGCAAGGGAAAUUGGCUGGUCCAAGUACAUCAUCAGUGCACCGCCGCCUUUCUCAAAUGACCCUGAGACGCUGGCUGCAUUGGAUAGAAACCCGGAGGAAGUGUUCAACAAUGUUGUUCCUGCAGCGGCAGCAGUGUUUCGUGAGAAAGGAUGGAAGCACCUCGACCGAAUGGACCGCGUCUAUGACUCGGGGAAAGCGGUUCGAGAGCUUGGCUGGGAACCUGAAUACACGUUUGCUGGGAUCAUUGAGAAGCUGGCUAGAGGUGAGGACUGGCACAGUGAACUGGUUGACAUCGUCGGAAAGAAGGGAUAUCAUGCCGUCAGUCAUGGUGUAUAUACUCAAUAG